CACGCAGCGUCUGCAGCGGAACACAUGCUUCGCAGCAGAAGUUGUAAAUAUUCCGGUUUUAUUUGCUCAAUUCGCCUUUUAAAUGGCCCCGACGGGCGCAAAGAUGAAGACUAAGGGCUUUUUCGUCAAAGGCGGUGCUUCGAACAAAGUUAAAAGUCAAGCUACGGGUGUGGAAAAGAAGAGAAAGUGGAUCCAGGACCACAAAGUGUUCGAGGGGAGCCUGAACGAAGGUCAAGGAUUUGCUUUUCAGAGGAAGCAGAAAGUCCAACACGAGUACAACAAGCUGCUGCGACAUGAGAAGAAGAAGAAGAAACCCGAGACCAGAGUCGUGUACAAGGACGAGUAUCCGGAGCACCUGAAACACCUGUACCUGGCCGAGGCGGAGCAGCUGAGGAAGGACGCCUGGACGCACCGCGUCAACAGGAGCAAGAUGAGGAUGCAGAAGCAGGAAAAAGAGACGGAGGAGGCUGGAACUGAAGCUGAUGAAGAUGUUCCUGGUGGAUCUGAGGCUCCUGAGGCUGAUCCUGAAAACCCUGAACCAGCAGCUGCUGCAGAGAGAGAAAGUCUUCCGAUGAGCAAUCGCAUGAGGAAGAAGCUGCAGAAGAAAACGUCCUACCAGAAGACGAAGGAGGACUUUGAGAGCAUGAAAGAGAAGCGCAUAAAGAAGAAAGAGGAAUUCCUGAAGAACAAGCAGCAGCGAGACGAAGCCAUCCAGAAGUACAAACAGAAGAAAAUGGAGACGUUUCAGGUCCUGAGCAAAAAGACCAAGAAGGGCCAGCCCAACCUGAACCUGCAGAUGGAUUACCUGCUCCAGAAGAUCCAGCGGGCUGACAAAUGAGCCCCGGACCCGAGCCCAGACCAGGAACGGCCGUUUUAAAAGCUCGCCAGGACUCCGACG